AUGGUUUCCUUCAAGUUCUUGCUCCUCCUGUUGGUGCAGCUGGCGCUGGCGGCUAAAAUGUGUCCCCCAGAUCUGACCGACGCGGAAAUCUUCGAAGCUGCCAUGAAACAGGAAGGUCCUGAAGCAGCCCUAGAGCUUCUCCAAGUCCAGAGGGUGAAGGCCGACCACGCCUCGUCCAAGUGGCGCACGCGGCGCUGGGGCCAUGGGGGCCGCCGUUGGGGCCGCCGCCGUUGGCGUCGUCGUGGUUGGGGCGGAGGAGGUUGGGGCGGAGGAGGCUGGGGUCGGUGCGUUGACCGACCUGCUUGGAGUUUCGAGCCUCUUCGCCCGCCAGGUGAAAUUCCCGGUGCAGAAAGGCAAAGAGUUUGUUGUGGUGCCGAUCACACCUUCGCCAUUGUGAAUAUUUCUUGCGCCGAGCCGAGAGCCACCGCGGACGCGCGAGUCCCCUGCGUUCCAUAUGCCUUCGAGCACCCCAAGGCAUGCCCGAAGUUUGAACUCCCGUCGUUCGGUUGGGCGGAAACGUCUGAUUCUAUUCCAGGAAUGUCGCCACUGGAUUCCAGUGACGUGCCACCCUCGGUGGCUCAAGUGAUCCAUGUCUCUGUCGCCAAAGAGGAUGCUUCUGACAGCACCAGCACGGCUGACACCUCAAGCAGCGAGAACGAGAUCGAGCGGGAGGAAAUCAAUGUCCACUCAUGGAGCCUGGUGGGGCGCAAGAUCUUCCAGAGCCUUGCCGAGAUGGAGAGCGACGAUGAAUUUGAAGUGGAGCGGCCGGUCGAUGUGAAGUCCUGGAGCGCGGUUGGAGCCCGUAUCCACCAGCGUCUCGUGGACCUCGACGUCGAGGAGUGA